AUGAUGCCUGGCCCUUUUCCGAUUUACCCCAGGAGGAAAAAGAGGCUUCCAACUACAAUCAAGAUAUCAGUCUCAACAUGUGAGGCUCGUGCACGCCUGGAAACUGGAAGCCUGUCAAAGUUGGCCAACUUUUGCUUGUCUAGCAACAUUGAAGUCUCCGGAAUUGAGGGCUUUGAUGGUGCAUCAGUUUUACUGAGAAAAGACAAUGAUGUUCCAAAAAUUGCAGUAAGCUUUCGAAAUGCUCUGGGUUGUGAAAAGUGGCUGUACGUGGAGAAAACUGACAGUUGUGCUAUUCAUGAACGUUCGUACACCGGUGUGGGUGCGAAAAGUGCGAAGUUUACUUUUACCGAGCACGGUCUGCGAUCAGUAGCCAAAAAGUACCCGCGCAUCAGGCCCUCGCAAUUGUGCGAACUAGUUCACGACCCCUCGGGCGUCCAUGUAGAUCUUUUUACACUCUCCCCCCAUCCCAGCUCGCCGGUUCAGCAUCUGCGUGUUAACUGGCACUUUGGAAACGGUUACAACUCCUGUGCUAAACUGUUUGAGCGAAAUGCAUUUUUCCCUCUGAAGUCCAUGGUUUAUGAAGAUCUGCCUAUCCUCGCUCCGGCAAACUUGGAAGAGUACUUGACUGUCGAAUACGGAUAUCUGGGACGCGACGCGAUGUAUGAUCGUGAAACCCAACGGUACGUCAAGAUUUCCGAGGCUGCUUUCCGACAGUUCCCACCACAAGUGCAAAAACUUCUUUCUGGUCCCAGUAGCGAACGGACGCUAUGA